CCCGCGUGACGUCCUCUCAUGCAGCUUUGUGAAGUGACGCGCGCACGCGCACUGCGCAAGCACGAACAGAGGCGUCCUCGAGCUUCACUCACAGGCAGCAGAGAUCAGGAAGUGACAGUACACGCAUGGAGGGUGUGUCAUUCGCUUCCUGGCUAUGGUUUAUUUUUGAUUACACCGUCCUCCUCGGAUAAAUUAAUGGGCGACUCAGCAAGGACCAAGCGGCGGGAGCAGCUCAAGCGCUGGGCCGGUUCCUGCACCGACAAAGCGUCGGCCUUGCCCCGGCGGAGGUGGCGAGGCGAUGUCGCGGAAAGAGGAACCGAAGAGCCGGAGGCCGAGCUGCAGGAACCGCCGUGUGAUGAACCCGUGUCCGGGGGCGACGAAAGCAGCCCACUCCUCAAACGACGAAAAAGGGUGAGGUUCGACAGAGCUGCAGAGUUCUUGGCAGCAUGUGCCAGCUGCGACACAGAAGAGGCCCGAUUGAUGCUGCAAGAGGCUGAAGUGAUGACGAGCAGCAACAAGGACGGCACAGAAAUGAUUAAUUGUUCCAAUGCUGAUGGAAUAACUGCGUUACAUCAGGCUUGCAUUGAUGGUAGCAUGGAGAUGGUGUCUUUUCUUUUGGAGAACGGUGCCAAUGUCAACCAGGUUGACAGCGAGGGCUGGACACCCCUGCACGUGGCUUCCUCCUGUGGAUACCGUGAAAUUGCAGAUUUCCUUUUGCGGCGCGGUGCUUCUCUCACUUCUGUCAACUGUGAUGGCGAAGUUCCUGUGGACAUCGCUCUGGAUGAAAACACUGAGGCACUUCUCCAGGAAUACAGUCUGAGACAAGGUGUAGACUUGGAGGCAGUAAAGCGGCUCGAGGAGGAGCAGAUCACAGCAGAUGCUCGGACCUGGCUGACUGAGGGACCGCCUGCUGACGUACGACAUCCCAGGACUGGCGCCACUCCUCUACACGUGGCUGCUGCCAAAGGCUAUGUGGAAGCGCUCAAGCUAUUGUGUCAAUGUGGGUUGGAUGUGUCGGCAACGGACUUUGACGGGUGGACUCCUCUUCAUGCUGCCGCACACUGGGGUCAGGGGGAGGCCUGCCACAUUUUAGCCGAACAUAUGUGCAAUAUGGAAGCUCGCAGCUGCUCAGGUCAAACGCCUUUGGAUGUAGCAGAUGAAAGUGUGGAGGAGCUUCUGGGGGAUUUGGUCGAGAAGCAAGCCAAUUGGCGUACCGAACAGUCUAGGAGAGAAUGGUACAACCAACAAGUUGUAACUGCACAAAAUAAAAAACGGAGGAGCUCAGUGUGCAGGAUGAGCAGUAAAGAGAAGUUGAACUUGCAGGACCAGUCUAAAGAGCGGGGCGUCUCAGCAGGCCUGGAGCUUAGCGAGGAGAAGGAGAGCAGUCCCGAAAGCUCCACUGUAUCCAGUCCAGACAAUGAGAGUGGAACCACAUCUGCAGCCAGUCCAGUUGACAAGAUAUCAGACGAGAGAGGUGGUGAGGAAGAAAAGGAACAGGACAAGGCGAGUCGCACUGCUCGAGUCCAGCCCACCCCUCAUACAAGGGACAGUACGUCUGAGAGUCCCAACACACCUACUACUGAGCGCCGCAAGUUUCAGGUUCCAGUCCGAGAUGAGGAGUCAGAGUCUCAGAGGAAAGCUCGCUCUCGACUCAUGCGACAGUCACGCCGCUCCACUCAGGGUGUGACCUUAACUGACCUAAAGGAAGCAGAGAAGACUAUGUCUAAAGCUGCUGAUCCCCUGCUGCGUAACAUUCAGCCUGUUAGCCCCAUCAUCACGCCCACCCCUGCUGAGAGGGAUACGGACCCAGUGAAGCAGGAGGAGCCCGAGGGAGACAAGCGUCUGGGAGUGAAGGAUAGGAGGCGAUCCAGGAGAGAAAGGCGCUCCACUGGUGUCAUUCAGCCAGGCAGAGAAAAUGAUGACGAUGAUCCUCAUUUGGACGAUCCAAACAGCAACAACGACUCCUCCACGAGCGGAUUAGAGGACGGCAACUACAGGAUACUCUACUUCCAGGUACUGCAACAGAACCUGUCUCUGAAGGAGAAGGUGCAGGAGAUGGAACUGCUGCUCAGCCAAAAUAAAGUGGAGCUGGAGAGACUCAGACAGACUCAAGAUGGCAGCACGGACAGACCUGCUUUGUUGGAGCUGGAGAGAUUUGAGAAGUUGGCACUCCAGAGGAAAGCGGUGGAAUUGGAAGAUGAGUUGAAGGUUUUGGGAGACCUGAAAGUAGACAACCAGAGGCUCAAGGAUGAAAACGCUGCCCUCAUUCGAGUCAUCACCAAACUGUCCAGAUGAAUUCUUCAAAAAGAAAAGACAACAGAAUCCCAUCCGUGUCAAACACAUCCAAAAGUACCUGAACAGAAUUUCAGGGCUACUGCAGAAUUGCUGUAUGACAAGCAAAAGUGCACCUUCUGUGGACUUGGGAGGGGGGGGGGGGGGUGCUCCUGUUCACACCCUUUUUUAUAUGGCAUUUUAUGCUUGUUUUUUAACUGGAAUAUUUUAAGUGCUUAUCUCUGUUUUUUGUAUAAACUGUGUAAACUGACUAAAAGCCAUGUCAUAUUUUAAAAGUCAUAUUUUUGACCUCGGAAAGAUUGCAAAGCAAACUGCGCUGUCGGUUAUUAGGAAAAAUGUGCCAAAUUGAAUGAGUGUUGAGUAGCUUGUUGUUCAAAAGGAAGCGUCUGGACUUAUCCUUUUAGCUAACCAAGAGGACCAAGAGUGAAAUAUAGUCAUCUCACUGUGUGUAAAUAUGUGUAAAUGGCGAAUUGGCAAGAAUAUUCGCGGUUGAUAUCGAUGUCAUUUCAUUUUGCUAUUAAACUGGAGGCUUGUGAGAGGAUCAAAUUGUGAGCAAAGUACAGUAUUGAGUCUAUGAUAACUUUCUGGUGUUCAGUAGAGAAAGCCGCCAGGGCUGUUUAUUGUACUGCCAUUUAAAAACCACUGCAUGUUUAAUAUUGUAAUGCUGUGCCUUUCUGUAUUUGUUCUAUUUUAUUAUGACAGAUUAAUACAGUUGAGCGAAACAUAAAACACAAAAGAACGAUUCUGGUUUGGGCCUAUUUUGUAUUUUGUUGGUGUUUAAGCAAUUUAACCUUUUAUACAGCACUCAUUUAACUAAUUGGCUGCCAUUGAUCCAAUCCGUUUUUACUGCAGUGGCGCCACCAGGGGGUGGCCAGGGGUGGCAACGGCCACCCCUAUAAAUUGGUUGGCCACCCCGCUGGCCACCCCGCUUGCCAGUAUAUCGUUAGAUUGUUGUAGCAUCAGUUAUGCAUUUCUUACCAAAUGAAUGCAUUUCUUUUGUUUUGUUAAAUAUAGGGCUGUAAAAUUUAUCACAUUAAUGGGCGGUAAUUAUUAUUUUUUAAUUAAUCACGUGAAAAUAUUUAUCGCAAUUAACGCAUUCGCGGUACGACUCAUUUGCCCAUUGCCGCAAACAGCCUACAAUGGCGCCGUUUUACUUAUAUACAGAGAUAAGAGGCAGAGUGGAGUAGAUACAAGCAUUCAUUGGGGCCGUGCUUUAAUUGGCAAAAGCUUUGUAAUCUCUCCCACAGCAACUAUAAAUAUUGUGGGAAAUGACGUGGGGAAGAAUGACAGGAGUCGAUCUUUUUCUUAACACCCUAUAGUGUACCCAACGCAGAGAAGAUAUAGCAUUUGCAGCCACCACACACAGUCAUGGUCGCACCACUUCCCAUCAUGCAUUUGGGCAGGACAGUUAAGUCGCUACAGUAUCAUUUACUGAAAGCUCAACAAAUACACUAGAUGUCAAUAUUGAGUCACAAUAUACAAACUCGCAUUUAUCCUUUAAGAAUUACAAGUCUUUCUAUCCGUGGAUCCCUUUUACAGAAAAAAUGUUAAUAAAGUUAAUGCCAUCUUGUGGAUUUACUGUUAUAAUAAACAAAUACAGUACUUAUGUACAGUAAGUUGAACGUAUAUAUCCGUCUUGUCUUAUCUUUCCAUUCCAACAAUAAUU